CCAAUGACAAGCGAAACCGGCAAGCCGAGUAAAUUCUCUACCUUCUGUCAAAAAUAUUGUAUGGUUGAGUCUGUUUUACUGUUUUCAAGAUUUUGUUAUUCUAUUUCAGUAUCAUAUAGUUUGAUUGUGAUAUAAGAAUGGCUCGUGAAAGUAGUGCUGGUUUUGAUAGGCAUAUUACAAUUUUUUCCCCUGAAGGCAGACUUUAUCAAGUCGAGUAUGCCCUGAAGGCAAUCAACCAGGGUGGAUUGACGUCGGUGGCCCUGCGCGGCGCUACAGCGGCCGUGGUGGCGGCGCAACGCAAGGUGCCCGACCGCCUGCUCGACCCCGCCUCCGUCACGCACCUCUUCCCCCUCACUGAUCACAUUGGCUGUGUCAUGACUGGCAUGAUUGCGGACAGCAAGUCGCAGGUGGCGCGCGCGCGCUACGAGGCGGCCAACUGGCAGUACAAGUACGGCUGCGAGAUCCCCGCGCACGUGCUGUGCCGCCGCGUCGCCGACAUCUCGCAGGUGUACACACAGAACGCGGAGAUGCGCCCGCUCGGCUGCAGCAUGAUGCUGAUCGCGUACGACCCGGAGACGGGGCCGGCCGUGUACAAGACGGACCCCUCCGGGUACUACUGCUCCUACAAGGCGGUGGCCGCCGGCGCUAAGGCCACAGACGCCAACGCCUACCUCGAGAAGAAGCUGAAGAAGCGCGGCGAGCUGGGCGCGGCGGAGGCGGUGCAGCUGGCGGUGGGCUGCCUGGCGCAGGUGCUGGCCGUCGACUUCAAGGCCGCGGACAUCGAGAUCGGCCUCGUCACCAGCGACAGCCCGCGCUUCCGCGUGCUGACGGAGGCGGAGAUCGACAAGCAUCUGACCGCCAUCGCAGAGAAGGAUUGAACACGCUGGGAAUCGUUUAUAAUCUAUGUUAAUUAUUUUUAAUAAAUAAUACAAACAAAAUGU